AUGGGGUACCGUUUGGAAAAAAUCAAACAACCGUCCGUCAAUGAGACCAGCGAAGCCGUCAUAUCGGUUAAAAUUCAACCAACCGUUGGUAGAAAGGUGUCAAUAGAGAUGAAUUUUACUUUGUUUUUCAUCUUUGUUAUUGUGGUUCACUGUGCCCAAGGAAAAAUAGAGAAAUGCGACCGAAAAAUUGACCUGGCGGUCGUUUUGGACGUUUCAGCGAGUAUAAAUGAUGAAAACUUCAGCCUUGCAAAGAAAUUCGCCAAAACACUUCUAAGACGAUUCAGAAUCUCCAGAGACAACGUUCGUGUCGCACUUGUGGCUUACUCAGAAUCGGUUAAGAUCUAUUCCACAUUCGAAGACGACCAGGAGGAAGAAGGGCUUGAGCGAAAAGUGAACAAUGUCUUCUUUGAAGGAUCUUCCACGCAGACAUCGAGAUGCUUGACAAUAUUAAACGGUCAUCUGUUUGUGCAAGAAUCUGGGUCAAGAAUCAAGGAGUCCGAUGUUAGAAAAGUUGCUGUUGUCGUCACGGAUGGAUUUAGUUUCAUCGGACCCGGAAUGGUAAAACUGAGGGCUGAUGAACUGAAAAACAGAGGAAUCGAAGUGUUUGCAAUCGGAAUUACCAAAAGAAUGGGGGACGACGAGUUGAUAAAUUUAUCCAGCAAACCUGUCCAAAAACAUUUCUUGAGGCUAACCGAUAAGGAUUCAAUCGAAAGAAUAACUGAUAACAUUGUCCAAGAAAUCUGCAAAUAG